ACAUAGUUUUAGUAUUCACCACCUUUUAGGAUGUGAUAUUGUGAUGUGAUCUCGCAUAAAAUAAAAUGGUCCGUGUUAUGUGCAUGUAGAUACAUAUUACAAAAUUAAGUAUUAGUUGCAGUCUUGUUUUUACACAAUAAUUUGUAUAAUUUUGUUAUUGCAAAUGUCUUAUUUGUUUUACUAGUUGAGCAUCUUUCAUCACUUGACGAGUGCGUUACUUAAAUUUGUUUUAACCAUUUAACACUUUUGUACCCGAAAUGUUAUGCUCUAAAAAAGAUUCCAAUUGAGCAAAUAAGAUAAAUACAAGUGAAAGAAAGACGGUUGACGGUUGAGUUGAGACGCGUCAUACAAACACAUCGGUGCUGGAAUGGUGUGAAGAUGUCAAUAAAUGAUAAGUGCCUGACAAUUCCCACGUACCAUUAUCCAACUGUGUAAAUAAAAGUGUCAUCCCAAUUGGCAUAGUCGAUUUGAACACGCCAGUGUCAAUAUUUGUUUGACCACAAGCAGUAAAAAAAAUGCCAUUAAAAGCGGAAGGAAUUGCGGUGCUGGUGGCGUUAAUUGUGAUUGUAAUAUUAUUAUUUUUACUCGGAGUAUAUUGUCAUUUCUGUGCCGAAAAUGAAUCUGGGGGCCACUACUACCGAUCGAACGAGAACAUUACAUCGGUCGUCUUUGUGGGAAAGAAAAAUGGUGCCGGUCCGACGAGGAACAAGUGUAAAUGUUCCAAUAAGUUUAAAGGAAGUUGUAAAAGGUGUCAAGGCGAAGACUUUGUCGAUGACGGGGAUGAUGGAGCACAACCCGAUUUCACAGACUUUGGAGGUGACCAAGGUUUAGACCCUGGCUGGGGAAAUAAACCUGACCCAAUCAGAUCUGCCUUAGGUGGAGGAGGAGGAAUGGGAAGUAAUAGCGGAGGUGGCGGAGGAGAUACUUCCGGUUAUGGCGCAUCCGAAUCUUCAGGGAUGAUGAUGCGAGAUGACUAAACUGAAAAUUAUGCAAUUACCAAAAUGUCUUCAGAAUUGUAUCCAUGAAACAAUAUACUCACACCACCGUUGGACAAAGUUAUCAUUCUUCUUACUUAGAUAAACUGUAUAAUUAAUGGAGCUGAGCUACUUAAUUUGAUGUGAGGAAGAGAGGGAGCAAUAAGAGGGAAACUGGAUCAGUAUUCCAUUCCAAUUUAUACUUGGUACAUACAUAUCAUGGUGAUUUAAAAUUAGUUUCUGUAAAUAUUGAAAUGAAUCUUUACCAUUAAACUGAUUGCACAUUAUUGUAACACAA